AUGGUGGGGGUACGUUGCUAUACACAUACUACGUUGUACGCUGUAGUAUUCCUGCCAACAAUAGUUUAGCUUCGCAGUACUUCGUAGUACGUAAGUGUCGACGCCAAUGUUAAGUCUAAUUGUUUGUCAUCAUACGUUUUCGAAAUGUAAACGAUAGUAAAUAAUUUUAUGCGGUGAGAAUUAUACAUUUCUCAUGAUUUGGAACGAUCAUAUACAUAUGCAAACUCACAAUGAAUUGACGUUCACGAUUAUACGUCAAGUUCAAUUAGAUGUCAAAUAUUAAAGCAUGGAUGUUACGGACAACGCCGAUGGAUCUUUAGAUCCUCGCAUACAGAUUGAGUUGGAGAAUUUAAACGAUGCAACAGAUGACAUAAAUAAACUUGAAACUGAAUUAGAUGAAGCACAUACUGCAUUUAGACAAUUAUUAUCUGAGACCACGAAGAGAUUAAAAGAAAUUAUAAAUAAAGUAGGAAAUAGCUGUGUUGAAAAAGCAAGAUGUUAUUAUGAUGCACUUGAAGUUGCUCGUCAAGCUCAGGUACAAUGUCAACAACAAGCUCAAUUAUUUCAAAGAGCAAGUGAAAUUCAUGCAGCAGCAAAGGAAACUGUAGCUUUAGCUGAAAGCAGAUUUAUGUCGCAUCAGCAUGAAUGGAAUUUUGAUCAGGCAUGGCAGGAUAUGUUAAAUCAUGCAACUAUUAAAGUAAUGGAUGCAGAGAAUCAGAAAGCAGAGUGUGGCAGGGAGCAUUAUAGACGAGCAAUACUAUUUCACGAUGCUGAGAAAAGAUUAUUAGAAUUAGAGGAAAAACAUCGUCGUUCUAUAAUUAAAGCACGACCAUACUUUGAGGUUAAAGCGCAAUGUGAUCAAAUGUUGGCAACACAAAAAGAAAGAGUUGAAUGUUUGCAGAAAGCAAUACAAGUUGCAAAAACUAAUUAUGCUACCAGUCUUCAUAGAUUAGAAGAAAUUAGUAAUCAAAUACAUCAACAACGACGAGAUAAUGAUUUUAUAGCUAUUGGACCUAGAGAACCAGGCGUUGGUGCAGAAUUAGUUAGUCCACAAAAGACGUUAAACUACGAUAUAGAAUUUAAUCAAAUAAAUGACAAUAGAAUGAAAGAUAUUACAAAUCAUCAACAUAAUAAAUGUGAUAGUAUUCAAGAAUACAAUGUUCAUCAGUUGCAAGAAGAUAAUGAAAAACUUGAGAAGAGAUCAGUUGAUGGAAGUGAAGCAAUAUCUUCUCAGUGGGAAUUAGAAUUACAAACUAAUAUAACAAAUCUGAGCAAUUUAUCUCUUGAAAGUUCUCAUGAUACUGACAGUAAGAAAUUGCAAUUUUAUAAUCAGGAUAGUACAAAAUCAAAUAAUUUUACGUCAGAAUUAAAUUGUAAUUUUUCACAGACUAGAGAACUGUCUAUACAUAGCUUAAAUCAGUUUCAAAAAUUGUUAAAGAAUCUCCAGGCUUUAAAAAAUCCACUGGCAAAUAUGUCUUUACCGUCAUCUAGUGAAGGAUCAAAUACAACUAAAGGUCAAACUACUAACUUUGCGGUAUUAAACAAACGUAAAUUUAAUUUUAAAAAUAGUAUAUCGAAGUCGUUAAGUAACAGUCCUUUAAAAAUGAACCUAAUUAGGUUAGGGUCAACGUCCGUUGAAGAAGUAGAAAGUACAAUAAAGUAUGUGCCAAAUAAAACUUUCAAAUUUGGCUUUAAUAACAAACUUCAAAGCAAUAGCGAUAUUAAUUUACCUUUAAAUCUUAAUAGCAGUUCCAUAGGAAAAUAUCAGAGCAUGGAUCAUAGUUUAGAUAAUAAGACUGAUAAUCUUGAAUUAGAUAAACAAACCUCAAAUUUAAAAGGUACAGAGACUUAUACGCAUGACCUGCAUACUACGAAAAGUAGUGUACAAUUGAAUACUCACAAAAAAAUAAACUCACAAUUAGAGGAAGAAGUAAUAUCUACAAAGAAAUUGUUUAGGUCUAAUUCUUUGCAAUGUUUAUCUCAUAGUGCCAGUUCAUCUUCAAUAAAAGUAAAACAGAUAACAAAUAAUUCUAAUGAUCAUUCUACUCUUGAAAAAAUGGCAAAGAAAGCACUAAAUGUUAAGGAAUUACCAUUAUUAGUAUUGCUUGACAAGAAACAUUCUUUCACGGAUAAUAAAUGUAAAAGUUAUAGUAUGAUUAAUUUAAACGACAAACAAACUUUUACAUUAUUAGAUGAUUUACAUUUACAUAACAUAAAAACUCUAAGUACAGAACGAUUUACAAACUUGAAAGAUAAUUUAUGUUCCGAAAUUUCUCAAUAAGAAUUAAAAAAUUACAAUCAAAUACGAAAGAAAUGUGAUAAUUUAUACGAUGAACUUAAUACAUCAUUUUUUUUUAAUUUAUAUGUUACCAUGGAUGUAUAUUAUCUUAAUUUCAUAAACGUGGUUCAUGCCAUUCUUUUUUCAGUGAUGUAAGGACUAAGUAGUAUUAAUUUCGCAAACGUUUCCUGCCAAAUAGAUAUAAAUUUUACAGCAAUAUCAUAAAGUAAACUAAUCAAAAAAUACAAUUAUUUAAAAAUCAUGUUAUAAAAGUGUUGUAAACUUACAGUUUGUUUCUUAUUAGGUUGAAUUGUAUUUAUAAUUUUGCAUACUUUUAUGUAUAGAGUACAUACCACAAAAAGUUAUGUAAAAUAAUUUUUCUGAAAAGAUGAAGAAUGCCAAAUUUUGUAUAAACAUCAAAUGUUUUUGCAACGUUUCUUAUAAUGUCGAAGUAAAGCAUUAAUAUAAUUUUUUUUAAAUAUUAUGUUGACUUUAGAUCUUGCCAAUCGCCUGUCAUUACUUAUACGUGCACAUAAAAUAUUAUGCUUUGGCGAGGCCUAUUACAUUGUUAGAGCUUUUUACAUCGAUAUUGUAUUACCAAAAUGUUGUUAUUAACAAGUAAUUUGUAUUAUGAACUAUUUUCCAUUUAAUGCUACUGUAUUAUAGUUUAAGUGAGAAUACAAAAAAUUAAUCUUUCUGCUGCAGCGUUUUAUAAACUUUUUGAAAUCUUUUCUUAUACUUUAUAAAGCACAAUGAAAUUUAUAAAGAAGACUUUUCUUGGUCGAAAAUAAUUUUGAAAAAAUGAAAUCAAUUCUUUCUUUUUACUAUAAAAAAUUUAUCCAUGGCUCGACAUUUUUUUUAAACAAAUAAAUUUUUUAUUCUACUGAUAAAUAAUAAUGAGAAAUAGAAAUAGUGUUAUGGAAAAAAGUUAACUAUUUAAACUAGACAGUUUAUAAAAACUGUCUGAGACAGUCGACAGAAAUAUAAAAAAGAACAAUUUCUUAUUCUUUUACUCAUAUUUAAAGUUAUGUUAUACUAUUACAGUUUUAUGUUCAAAACAUGCAGAAAUCGAAAAUUUGGAAAGUUGAUUUCAUGUCUUCAAAGAGAUUUUCAAAAAAAAAUUGUUCCUACCAUAAUGCAUUGUGCUAUAUAUGCACACAGAAUUUGAUUAAUAUCGCAAUUCUCAAAUAGUGUAACUUUCUGUGUAAAUUAAUAUGAAAGUAUGUACUGAUUAGUAAGUACUAUUCAUUUUUACGAUAAAGGUUUUUUAAAGUUGUUAAAUUAUUCUUUUCGCCAGUUUACGAGAACAUUAACACGAACCUAAAAUUUACAUUCGAAGAACUAUAUGAAGAGUUGCAAAGAAUAUAAAAAAAAAUGGUAAUAUUAUUAUAUGGGAAUUCUAAAUCUAUAGUUUUUGAUACGUUCUCAAAUAUUUGAAGGUAUCAAAAAAUGACAAAAAUGCAGAUGUCAAAAUGGUUCCUCAAUUGUAAUUGACAAAUC